CUCCCAUCGUGUGGCUGACAUCUCGACUGUAAAAAAUUGUCCCUGUCAAACUCAGUCAUGGCGGCCUGGUUUUUCGCGUUCGUCCUCCUGCUUUGUGGCGACAUUUCUUUCGUUGUUUGUGGAAAAUGCCCUUGCGAAGAUCCGUCAUUAUGUGACACAAUCUCAAGACCGCCAGGAAAUGAAUUCCUGAUGUUUUCCACGAAGUCGAACGAUUGGAGAAAAUACGAUUGGGGGAAAGUGACGACGAUCGCGCUCUUUCGACCCUGGGAUGAUGAGCUGAUGUGCGAAGCUCACAAAAGAGGAGUGCGAGUUGUUUUGGCAGCAAACUUUCCCACAGAAAAGCUUAGCAGUAAGGAAACAAGGACAAAGUGGGUGAAGAACCUAACUUCUGAAGCCUUGGCACGGCAUGCUGAUGGAGUCAAUAUUGAUAUUGAAUCACCAAUACCUAAGAGGUCCAGAGAAGUCACACUGCUCACAAAGCUGGUUAAUGAAACAGCAACAGCCUUCCGUGCUUCCUUUAAAAAUGCACAGAUAUCUUUUGAUGUAGCCUGGUCUCCAAACUGUGUUGAUGGACGCUGUUAUGAUGCAGAAGCUCUUUCACAAGUGGUGGAUUUUCUAGUUGUAAUGGCAUACGAUGAGCAGAGUCAGAUCAAAACUGGAGAUUGUGUAGCAAAGGCAAACUCGCCCUUGAAACAAACAAAAGCUGCAAUGGAAGAUUACCUAAGUCUUGGGAUCAGACGAGAGAAAUUGGUGCUUGGCUUACCAUGGUAUGGGUAUGAUUACCCAUGUUUGGAACUUGUUGACAACAGGAUCUGUAAGAUCAAGCAUGUUCCAUUCCGAGGUGUAAACUGCAGUGAUGCUGCUGGAAGACAGAUUGAGUAUGCUGAAAUUAUGGACCUGUCUAUCAGCAGAGCAUCUUCAGGUCCCCAGAAGGAUGAAGAUUCUGAGUCUUACUUUUUCAACUAUGAGGACAGUGUGGGUGGAAAACAUCAGGUUUGGUUUGAUAAUCCUGAUAGUUUGAAAAUGAAGUAUGAUUUUGCUGCAAAGGAAAAUUUGACUGGCAUUGCCAUUUGGAAUGCAGACUUGUUGGACUACAGUGACAUUCCAAGAGCUAUGUUGGAAACUAAGAAAAUGUGGGAUGCUUUGCAUCAUUAGAGUGCUUUUGAAGCAUUUCCAAGGUUAACAUGUUGACGUAUCUACUUUUUAAAAUAUGUUGCCUAGAUUCAAGACAGUUCUACUAGAACCAAAGUAUUGUGUUGAUUUAAUUUUGAAUCCACCUGAUUUUACAUUUUUAACAUUGAGCAUGAUCAACUGUUGUCUGAUCUUACUAGCAACAAAUUACCACUUAAGAAUUUUUUGACAUUUUGUUUUUUAAUCUUCCCUGGUUCAUUUUUUUCAUCACACUCAAUCAUUAUGGGCUUGAGUUUCAAUUUAUUCAGUAAGUUAGACUUCCUUUCUUAAUCAUUUGCUCAAUAAACAAAGCCCAAGAUAAUCUAUGAUCUACUACAACCCAGAAAGGUAGUGCUGGAUUUUUUUUCUUACAAAUAUGAAUUUGAUUUAGAUUGCAUCAACAAAGUUUAUAUAGCUUUGAAAAGAAUUAAAUAGCUAUAUUUGAUAUAUUAUUACAACUUGUAAUACAAGAGAAAUGACGUGUUUUUGUUUAUCUGCAUGAAAAUGAAAUAUCAAAGUGUAUUUUUGAGUGUCAAAUAGUUGAUAUAUAUUAUUGUGAUGAUAAUCAGGAAAUGAAAAUCAACCAAGGAAACUAAAUAAUAUAUUGCAUGGCUGUGAAAUAGAAAGUGUGAAUUGAGACAGUAACAUUAAAAGUUGAUUUCCCAGAA